CACCACCACCACCACCACCACCACCACCAUGAAUACCCGUCCCGCCAUCGACACGGAGCCCCCUCCGCCCGUCCUCUCCGUCGCCUACAACCAGGACUUUUCCUGCUUCUCUGCCGCCCUCCUGACCGGCUUCCGCGUCUACACCUCGCCUGACUGUCACCGCGAAAAGUCGCGAGAGCUCGGCGGCGGCCUGGGUUGCGCCGAGAUGCUGGGCCGCACCAGCUACCUCGCCCUCGUCGGCGGCGGCAGCAACCCCAAGUUCGCCCAGAACAAGAUCAUCAUAUGGGAUGAGUCCAAGCAGCGGGCCAUCAUCACGCUCGAGCUUCGCACGCCCGUCCAGCGCAUCCGCCUGACCAAGUCGCACAUCGUCGCCGCCCUCCUCAACAGCAUACACCUGUACAAGUUCUCAGCCCCGCCCGAGAAGGUCAAGGAGUUUGAGACGACCAACAACCCUUUCGGCCUGUGCUGUCUGGGUAAUGACAUAGUCAUCUUUCCCGGCCGCACCCCGGGCCAGGUCCAGGUGCUCGAGCUCGCCACCCACAACGUCAGCAUCAUACCCGCGCACACGAGCGCCCUGCGUGCCCUCUCGCUCAGUUCCGACGGCACCGUCAUCGCCACCGCUAGCGAGCAGGGCACCCUCAUCCGCCUGUGGUCUGUGGGCAGCGGCGCCAAGAUCGCAGAGUUCCGUCGCGGCGUAGAUGCCGCGACCAUCUUCUCGCUGGCGCUGUCCCCAUCCAACACCUUCCUCGCCGCGACGAGCGACAAAGGCACCCUCCACAUCUUCGACCUGCCCAACGCCGCGACCCACGAGCCGCCGCCCGAGCGCAGCGCUCCCCAGUCGCAUAGUUCACGAGGCUACAACGAGUGGGCCGGCGCGCUCGAAGUCCCCAACGGCGCGGCCAUGACGCCCGCCUCGCCCGAGCCCGUCUCCAAAUGGGGUAUUCUGGCCAAGCUCCCCCUGAUGCCGCGCGUCUUCUCAGACACAUACUCAACAGCGACGGCGCGCUUCGAAAUGGGCGAGGAGCCGGAGCUGUGGGCGGCGAACGCGCGGCGCGACAAGACGAGCGGCAGCGGCAUCGGCAUCGGCAACAGCGUCGCGCCGGGCUCGGGCAGCUGCCUUAACUGGAACACGCCGAUCCAGGGCGUGGCGGGGGGCAGGCCGCCGAAGGGCGUGAUUGGCUGGCUUAACGAUGUCGAGUUGUUGGUUAUUGGUGCCGGGCGCGACUCGCGUUGGGAGAAAUUCACGGUUGGGGUGGCGGAAGAUGGGAGGAGAUGCGUGAGGCGGGAGGGGUGGAAGCCUAUUUUGGAGUAG